AUGGGUGUUACUAAGAUCACAACUGCCGCCGAGUACAAGACCAAGGUCACUGACGCUCAAGGCCCCGUCAUCGUCGACUUCUUCGCCACAUGGUGCGGUCCCUGCAAGGCCGUCUCCCCUCUCCUCGAGAAGCUGAGCGAGGCCAACACCAACGUCGAGUUCUACAAGGUCGACGUUGACGAGCUUUCCGACGUCGCUGCCGACAACGGUGUCUCCGCCAUGCCCACUUUCCACUUCUACAACAACGGCAAGCGUGUUCAGGAAGUCAAGGGUGCUAACCCUCCUGCUAUCCAGGCUGGUUUGCAAGCUGUUCUUGCCUAA